CUUGAGUGUAAUUAUCCCGUAUCUCAGAUUUCCCAGGGUUUCAGAAAAACUGCCAUAGGACUCGUUAUUGUUUCAAAGAGGACACCACCAUCGGACUCAUGAGACAGGAGAGGCUGGAGUCUUUCAUCGAUAAAGUUCAGUCAUGAGUGAGAUGGCGAUGCCACUACAGUCCCACAGGAUGAUUUUGUUGGCUGUGGCUUUCAUUUUCCUUCCUUGCAUCACUACCUCCCUUAACCUGGAAGAUCCAAAUGUUUGCAGCCACUGGGAGAGAUAUUCAGUGACAGUGCAAGAGUCCUAUGCCCAUCCUUUUGAUCAGAUUUAUUACACCAGCUGCACAGACAUCCUCAACUGGUUCAAAUGCACCAGACACAGGGUAAGCUACCGGACCGCAUACCGCAAAGGAGAAAAGACUAUGUACCGAAGGAAAUCCCAGUGCUGUCCAGGCUUCUUCGAAAAUGGGGAAAGUUGUGUUCCUCAUUGUACUGUGAGCUGUGUUCAUGGCCGUUGUGUAGCCCCCAACACCUGCCAAUGUGAGCCUGGAUGGGGGGGUUCCAAUUGCUCCAGUGGUUGUGACAAUGGCCACUGGGGUUCCCACUGCAGUCACAGAUGUCAAUGCCAGAACAAAGCUCUGUGUAACCCCAUCACUGGUGCCUGUAUAUGCACUUCUGGAUACAGAGGUUGGCGUUGUGAAGAAGUGUGUGAGAUGGGCGCCUAUGGUAAUGCAUGUCAGCAGAAAUGUCUUUGCCAAAAUGGGGCUACUUGUCACCACGUCACUGGAGAAUGCAAGUGCUCACCAGGAUACACUGGAGCUUUUUGUGAGGAUGCAUGUCCCCCAGGUAAACAUGGACAGCAGUGUGAAGAGAGGUGUCCCUGCCAGAAUGGCGGCAUAUGUCACCAUGUGACCGGAGAGUGUGCUUGUCCUUCAGGAUGGAUGGGUACAGUAUGUGGACAGCCAUGUCCAGAGGGGACAUUUGGCCUCAACUGUUCCCAAGAAUGCCAAUGUCACAACGGUGCCUUAUGUAGUUCAUCCACUGGACAGUGUCUCUGCAGCCCCGGAUACAUGGGAGAACGGUGUCAGGAUGAAUGUCCAGUUGGUACUUAUGGUGCUGGCUGUUCAAAGAGAUGUCGCUGUAAGAACAACAGCAAAUGCUACCACAGCUACGGAAACUGCGUGUGUGAACCAGGCUUCACAGGCGAGACGUGUGAUGUCCGACUAUGUCCCAAGGGAAACUAUGGCCUACUUUGUGACAGAACGUGUCCUUGUCAUGCCCGCAAUACACAGAGCUGUCAUCCAAUGUCAGGGGAGUGUACAUGUCUGUCUGGUUGGUCUGGCCUCUACUGUAAUGAGACGUGCGCACCAGGAUUCUAUGGUGAGUCCUGCUACCAGGUGUGUCAGUGCCAGAAUGGAGCAGACUGCCACAGUGUAACAGGAAAAUGUGUUUGUGCUCCAGGCUUCACGGGUUUAGACUGUUCAGUUCUUUGCCCAGCAGAAUCUCAUGGAAUGAAUUGCUCCUCCACCUGUAAUUGUAAGAAUGGAGCUCUGUGUUCACCUGUGGAUGGGUCCUGCUUCUGUAAACCAGGCUGGCAUGGAGUGGACUGUUCCAUCAUCUGCCCCAGUGGUACAUGGGGUCUUGGGUGUAACAUGACCUGUCUUUGUGGAAAUGAAGGUGCUUGUGAUGCUGUGACUGGUCACUGUACUUGUGCCGCGGGCUGGAGAGGCAAUAAAUGUGACCUGCAAUGCCAGGACGGUACCUAUGGUAUUGACUGUCAACAGCUCUGUGACUGUAGCCAUGCUGAGAUAUGCCAUCAUGCCACUGGAUACUGCCACUGCCUGGCUGGGUGGACCGGUAUCCACUGUGACAGUGUGUGUGCAGAGGGCCGCUGGGGCCCGAACUGCUCUCUAGCCUGUCACUGCAAGAAUGGAGCAUCUUGCUCUCCUGAUGAAGGAACAUGUGAGUGUGCAUCAGGAUACAGAGGGAGUACCUGUCAGAGGAUAUGUUCUCCAGGUCACUUUGGUCCCCGUUGUAGUCAGACAUGUCCCAAGUGUGUCCACAGUAAUGGACCAUGCCACCAUGUCAGUGGAACGUGUGACUGUCUGCCAGGCUUUAAUGGGGGCCUUUGCAAUGAGGUGUGUCCCAGUGGUUACUACGGGAAGAAGUGCGCCUCGAGCUGCAGGUGCACCAACAACGGCACCUGUAACCCAAUUGAUGGCUCCUGUCAGUGUUUUCCAGGAUGGAUCGGCAGUGACUGCUCUCAGCCAUGUCCUCCUGCUCAUUGGGGACCCAACUGCAUCCACACAUGUAACUGUCACAACGGAGCAUACUGCACUGCCUAUGAUGGAGAAUGCAAGUGCACCCCGGGAUGGACUGGCCUUUACUGCACACAACGUUGUCCAUUAGGGUUCUUUGGGAAGGAUUGUUCUCAGUCAUGCCAGUGUAGGAAUGGAGCAGACUGUGAUCAUAUCUCUGGUCAAUGUACUUGCCGCACUGGGUUCAUGGGCCAACACUGUGAACAAAAGUGCCCAGCUGGUUCAUAUGGUUACGGAUGCCGGCAAGUGUGUGACUGUUUAAAUAAUUCAACCUGUGAUCACAUCACUGGUACAUGCUACUGUAACAAUGGCUGGAAAGGAGCCCGCUGUGACCAAGCUGGUGUUGUCAUUGAUAGUCUCAACACUUUCACAAGUGCUGCAGUGCAGGUGGAUACCUACCGAAUUGGAGCAAUUGCAGGAAUUAUUUUACUGGUGCUGCUUGUGCUCGUCCUCCUUCUCCUAUUCAUCAUCUACAGAAAGAAACAGAAAAGAAAAGAACCUCCCAUGUCAGCUGUGACUUAUACUCCUGCCAUCAGGGCAACUACUGACUACUCUAUCACAGAUGCUCAUCUACAGAGUGGUGUUCACCCCACUAACUACUUCUCCAACCCUAGCUACCAUACGCUGACCCAGUGCACAAGCCCACAACAUGACUCUCCAUACGGAAAAGCCAAGAAUAAAAUAUUUGUGAACUUUAAGAAUAGAGACGAAAAAGAGAGUUAUCCUCUUGCUGAUGCUGCUGACACAUUGCCGGCACGCUGGGAACAUAGGGACUGCUUCAAUAAACUGGGAGCUUAUGGAGUAGACAGAAGAUACAUGGGAAAGUCUCUGCGAGACAUGGUCAAAGGCAUACCAUAUCAUGGAAGUUCCAGCUCCCUGAACAGCUCUGAAAACCUAUAUGCCACGAUCAAAGACCCCCCAAUACUGACAACAAAAAACACUGAAAGUGGCUAUGUGGAAAUGAAGUCACCCACUCGACGGGAUUCUCCCUAUGCUGAAAUCACCAGCACCAGUAGUCCAAUCAACAACAAGAAUGUCUAUGAAAUUGACCCAACCACGAGCACUAUUCAUGGCACUGGAGAAAGUAAUGAGUGCAUGCUGACAACCCAAGACCCAUAUGAUCUACCAAAACACAGCCAUAUCCCUUGUCACUAUGAUGUGCUACCAACCCGAGAAAGUCCAACAUCAGAGCACAAGGAGCUGGAUAGUGACUGACAAGAGAAACUCACUGCAUGAAUAAGUUUUUCAUCUCUGCACCUGGAGGCAACAAAAAUUUGCAUAUCCUCUUCCAUUUUUGUCAUGUUGUUUUUCCACUUUUCUUUUACAACAGUUAUAAACAAAGGGGUAUACAAAGAAUAAUUUUAAAGUUUGUAUUUUCAAUUUUAAACACUGUUGAACUGAUUCAAACUAACUCAGAAUAUUUGAAAUAAUUGGGUUGUUUCAGGCGGCACGGUGGAGGAGCUGGAAAGCGUUGGCCUCACUAUUCUGAGGACCCGGGUUCAAUCUCGGCCACGCCUGUGUGGGGUUUGCAUGUUCUCCCCUUGCCUACGUGGGUUUUUCUCCGGGCACUCCGGUUUCCUCCCACAUCCCAAAAACAUGCAACAUUAAUCGGACACUCUAAAUUGCCCCUAGGUUCGGCUGUUGCCUGUAUCAAUGUGCCCUGCGACUGGCUACUAACCAGUUCAGGGUGGACUCUGCCUCCUGUCCAUUGACAGCUGGGAUAGACAGGAUGGAUGUUUCCAGGCAAUAGUGGGAUAGUGGUUAACACUUCAGCCUCAGUCGAGAGGUUCCAACAUAAAAAAAAAAAAAAAAACAGGUUAAUUCAGUGAAUCCUAAACCGCAAGCUCUCACAGACGUGAGUCCACAGAGAAAGCUUGUAGAAAUUUUCAAAUUUUAAAUUUUUAUUUAUUAAAUGGUAAUAUGUGUCAAGUGGUACAGAGGAAGAUUGGUUAAAGGGUCCGCCUCACAGUUAUGAGUUCAGGGGUAAAAAUUCUGGCUCCGCCUGUGUGGAGUUUACAUAUUCUCCUCACAUCCUAAAAACAUGUAUUAAUUGGAGCCUCUAAAUUCCACAUAAGUGUGAUCGUGUGUGCAAAUGGUUGUUUGCUUCUCUGUGUCUUGCAAUUGGCUGACAACAAGUUAAAGGUGUACCAUGCCUCCUGCCCGAAGAUAGCUGGGAUAGGCUCCAGCACUUCCAUGAUCCUUGUGAGGAUAAGUGGAUCAGAUAAUGGAUUGAUGGGUCAUUUUCAUAUAAUUUGAUCAAUAGCAGUAAAAACAUGGUCCAGUGAAUUUCCACUUGAAAAUCAAUUAAUUUUACUGAAAUGGGCAAUUCAAUUAUUGGUAGUUGUUGACCAUCGAAAGGUCACAUACCUUUCUAAGAAAAAACAAGAUUGUAAAGUAGUGUUUUUCUUUUCAUGCCAAAACCCGUUCACUGUUAAGUGUUGUUGGAGGACGCUUUUUUCUCCUUGUGUUCUUUUAAUUUCGGGUAGUGAGAAUGUUGGUUAUCCAAAUACAGGCUGGAGACGAUGAACAGUUUCUUCGUAGCUUUUACUUACAGAAUAUUCUGGGCACAAAUGAGUGACAGACGAUGGCUGCAGCAGAUCACAAGUGCAAAGAUACAGAGGACUUGCAGCAUUUAUUAUACUAUCAGAAGGAUCCGCAUCACAAACGUAUGAAAGGAAAAUAAAGAGCAUGAAAAGAGAAUCGCAUCAUAAAAUGAAGAGCAUCACAAAAUAUCUGCAUCAUAAUAACUAAACCAAAUCUAUCUGGUAAUAACGGGCACAUUCCUAAGUCCUGGGCUCUAGUAAACAUUUCAGCAAGAUUCACUUAAGGUUCACUGAUGAGUUGGCAUGCUUCAAACAUGAGUUGAAACUGUUCAUCGUCUCCAGCCUGUAUUUGGAUAACCAACAUUCUCAC